GUGCCAGUGCCCUGCUCAGUUUGAGGGACCCGAAUGCCAGCAGAACAAGCACAGUUUCCAUGGCAACGGUUAUGCUUGGUUUCCUCCUAUGACGCCUUGCUUUGAGAGCCAUGUGUCGCUGGAGUUUAUCACAGACGUGGCUGAUGGACUGCUGCUGUACAGCGGCCCACUCGCACAGCUGCAGGCCUGGGACCACGAGGACUUCAUGGCCAUAGAGCUAAUCGACGGGACUCCCACACUGAAAAUCAACCACGGCUCGGGAACGCUGGUGCUCCAGCUGCCGGGGAACGUCGACGUGGCAGACAGGCGCUGGCAUCGGCUGGAUGUCCGUAGCAACAGCAAGGAAGUGCGUUUCACCCUGGACCGAUGCUCAGGGGCAGCAGUGAUGGAGAAGGAGGGUCGGGGCAGCUGGCUGACCACGGAGGACCACUCCUCCUGUGAGGUGAUGGGCGUCACACCCAACAUUGACAGACACCUAAACAUGAGUCAAGUGCUCCAGCUUGGAGGUGUGAAUGAGGACAUCCCCUUCAUCUAUCCUCAGCUUCAGCACAAACACUUCACCGGCUGCAUCCGUAACCUCAUUGUGGACAGCAAGCUGUAUGAUCUGGGCUCCCCAGCUGACUGGCAGUCCAGCUCUCCGGGCUGCCUUACCACUGAUAGCAGCUGUGUCAACAUGGGCUACCCGUCCUGUGGCCAUCGAGGUCGCUGUCAUGGUGAGUGGGGCUCCUUCAGCUGCCAGUGCGUGGCCGGAUACACGGGACACCAGUGUGAGGAAGAGGUUCCAGAGUUUUCCUUCGACGGCCACAGUCAUGUGCAUUACAAGCUGCCGUCUUCCCUGCCUGCCCGCAGAACAUGGAUCCAAGUCCUCGUUCGAACUCGUAAACACAGCAGCAUCAUCAUCAGUUUGGUGUCGAGGGACCAGAGUGAAUACCUGCGACUAGAGAUCUUUCAAGGCCUUCUUUGUGUUUUCUACAACCUUGGUGACGGACAAUACAACUUAACCCUGCCCAGCUAUCGCCUUGACAAUGGGGAGUGGCACGAGGUCUUUUUGGACAGACAUGACAACAUGAUGACGUUACGGCUGGACGGUGGUGGAGGGAAACGGGAGGUGACGGGAUCACAGGGCAGAAGCCGAGAAAUCAUCAUCAACUCCACUGCCGUGAUGUUGGGAAACUCCUUCCCCUCUGAAAUCAACAAGAGCUUCCAAGGCUGCAUGAGGGAUCUACGCCUCAACGGUCGUUACAUGCCGCUGGACAGCCAACCACGGGACGGGGUUUCCCAGGUCAGCGCUCAAGGUCUCUCCCCUGGAUGCUCAUCUGACUCCUGCAAGAAGAACCACUGUAAACCUCCUUUUACUUGCGUGGACCUGUGGAGAGUACAUGAAUGCAGGUGUCCACCUGGUCACAUGGUUCGUGUGAACGGCACCAAAAAGUCCUGUGUGUACACCCUGUGUGCUGCUCGUCCCUGUCACAGAGGAACCUGCGUAGCCCAGUCCCCCUCAAAGUUCACCUGUCACUGCCCAGAGGGCUUCAGAGGGCGCCACUGUGAGACAACAUUAGCAAUUUACAGAGACGACGUGGGCCUGAGCUUCAGCUCACUCUUUGCCAUCUGCAUCUGCUUCAUGGCGUUACUGGUGCUGCUGCUGGGCAUUUUCCUCUACACCCGCUGGCGUACCUACAAAGGUCUGAAGGAGGGUGUGUACCACGUCUCAGCACAUCACGACGGCUGGGAGGACAUCCGAGAGAACGUGCUGAACUAUGACGAGGAGGGAGGAGGGGAGGAGGACCAGAACGCCUACGACAUGGCGGAGCUGCAGAAGUCCCUCCAGCCGAGCCCCGCCCAGUCGGUCCAGUACUGCCGCUCCAGAGCCCUGCACCACCCGCCCCCCCCUCCCCACCAUCACCUUCUGCAUCAGGCUCCACCUGCCCCACCCUCUACCCAGCCCCUGGAUCCCCUCAGCCGGACCUCCAGCUCCACCACCCUGCCGCCUUCUGCUGCCUCCACCUCCUCCACCACCACCACCAGCCUUCGCAGAGACGUGCCCCCAAUCAGACCCCCAGCCCAGGGGCAGGCCCGCCCCUCCCAGCUGCCACGGCGCUCCCUCUCCUUCUCUAGCCAGGAUUUAGCUCGCUACCUGUGUGAGAUCAUCCGCGACGCCGACCAGCACCCGGACACGGGGCCCUUCGACUCCCUCCAGGUGUUUUCCACUGAAGGAGGAGGGUCUCCUGCGGGCUCCCUCAGCUCCUUCAGUUCAGCAGGGCUGGAUGGAGGGAGCACCAGUGAGGGAGGGGGUGAGGAGACACUGGGGGAGUGGGGUCCUCGCUUUGAGAAACUGAGAGCUCUGUAUGAGCGAGCAGAGGCCAGCGACCUCUGAGGACGCCGCUAACGCGCCGCCUUAAGGAAUCGAUCCGGAGGUUAGCAGAGUGAAAGCAGGGAGCAAGCAACUGACAGAGUCUACCUACGGUCCAACAGCGCGGCUCUUCGCUGCCUCGGACCUGCGAUCACCGUCUCCUAGGAACAAACCCCCUCUGGGGAGGAGAUGGGGGCUUCAGAACAUUGCUCUCUGUCAGUAGAACCAGUGGAUCUGGGUCCUUUCAGGACAUUUUUAUUUCUAAUCAGCACCAGUGAAAUGUAUUUUGUAAAAUGUUGCUGCUGAAUGAGACCUGUGUAAAUAAGAGACACACUGCACAGUCACACCACCACUGAUGGGGGGGGGGGGGGGGGUCUGCUGCUUGGCUUUGCACACUUUCACAGCUUCUGUCUCUGUGAAGGUUUCCACUCAAAGAACAGCAGCGUUUUUAAUCUGGAAUCUAUUUUCUGGAACAGAGUCUGGUUAUAUCCCACCUUCCAUCCCAAACUUUUAGUUCCUAAACCCACAGACAUCAGCUGGGACUCCAUCUACGGCAGCAUGUUUGACCAAAUUUAGGCCUGGUCACAGAGUGCAAGAGCACAGGAUGGUAGUAACUAGGUAGAUCUACAAUUCCAGAGUGAGCAGAUGAUAUUUGUCUGAUCGCUUCUAAACAUUACCAACCAUUAAUUAGCACCUCAGUAGUUAAUUAACCUAAUACUGUUUUACAUAAGUUAUUUCUUGAAAGGCUACUUUUUCUUUUAGUUGAGGUAUGGCUACUCUUACUUUUGGUUGUUCUCUAACCACCUCUGCAAUCCUACAAUAAAAGCACCAGGAGGAAUUCUGCUAGAAGUGCACAUGUGUGAUAAAUACCAGCAGUUUUAUAUAAAGGAAAAGUCCGGUCAGCAAGGAAUGAUCAAUGGAUCUUUACCUAAAUCUAAUACGCUUGAUUUCAUGAAUUUAACGUUAAUCAGUGAAACAAAUAAAAACAAUAAUUUGCGAUCCCCGAGUCUGGGAGCGGCCAUUUUUGCCCAAAUAUAGUAACACCUUAACAUUUUUUAAAUCUGUUCACAGCGAUUUUAAAACACUUGAUUUUCUGUCCAGCUUUGGGUUCAUAAAGUUUUCUGGAUUUGAAGUCAGAAUUCAACUUUUGGACAGUUUAGUAUGAAGACGCUUUGCUAACGUUAGCGCUAAUGCUGCAACAAGAAAGAAAAAAGAGGCGGGAUUUCCUGAAAAGUAGCCAAUCACAGGGAGUUUACUUCUUCAGGUUGGUUUCUCCCUCAAAGUGAGAAUAGUUGACCUGAGCCACAGAAACAGGUGGAGAAGAGAGGAUCUACAGGAUCUUAGAAAGCAAGAGAAGGAGCCUGGAGUCAUAGAUGAUGUAGUUGAAACCUUACGUUAUUCCAUCUGCACACAUAAAAUGCUCAGAAUGCAACUUUAUUCACCCUACAUGUGUAUAUUGUGUAUGAGUAUUUAUUUUGCGUGUGCACUUUUAGCAGCAUUUAGAUCUCAUAAAGGGAAAUUUGGUUAAAGUCAGGGGAGACGGAGCUCAGGUUUCCAGAUCCUGGCAGCUCUAUAAUAGAGCUGAGCAAAGGCUUCUUCUCAACAUUACAUUUCUCAGAUUCAAGCCAAAAAAAUUUUAAAAAUCAGUCAGCGUUUAGUGCGCUGGUGCCGACUGGUGGAAGCAAAGGAGCCCAGAAGGAACAAAGAGUUUCCUGCUUUCCUUCUGAACUGAUCAUUGAUAUGUUUGCUAAAUUGGAGGACCUGGCCAUAGAUAUUAUAUAUGUAUAUGUAAUAUAUGCCGAUAGGGCGGCCAUCUUGGAUUGGACCACAGUUCAGACAGCUGCUGUCAGAACGAAUGUGAGGCGCCUUACAUCUUAUUUUAAUCACAUGAAAGACAAGUUAGAGAAAAUAUUACAGUAAACUCUCACAUGACACCACCACUUAAAAGACCAAAACAAAUACGAAAAUUACCUUUCAGUUAGAUCACACAUAUUUAUUCAGAUUAAAAACUAUUUUAACUGAACUCAAACUGGAUUAGACAUAGUUAGGCAAAGUUAUAUAUUUUGCAAAUAAAUAUUAAUAUGAUAAACGCAAAGUUAUGGUAGUGAUAUUAACAUAUUAUAAGAUUAUGUUUUACAAAUAUUAUA